AUGGACAAUCUUCCUAUGGAUAUUAUAGAGAACAUAGGAAAAUGCUUGAAUACUAAUACCGAUGUUUCAGUAUUCCGUGCUGUCUGCAAAUCAUGGCGGUCAUCUAUUCCUGCCUCUCAGAUCAAGUCUCCCAUCAGAGUUUGCAUCGAGUAUAAAGGAAAAAAGGUCUUGAAUCUCAUCGAGAGCGUGGUAUAUGGUCUUGUAAAACCACCUCCCAAUUCAAAUAUUGCUUCGUCUAAGUCGUGUAGUUUCGUUGUUAAGGUCCGAGAAUCAGAUCAAGAAAAUCGUGUGUUUAGGGUACAUCCACUCUCCUCUUUGCCGUGUCCCCCUGCAUUAAACUGGCUGGAUUUUAAGGUUUUGGAAUUAGGAAAAUCUCUAGGUGACCCUAAUUUUCGUCUUUUUAGAGCCGCUAUAUCGUCCAAUCCUGAUUGGCCUGCAGUCAUGGUGGUUGCCUAUUCAAACUUAUACUGCUGCAAAUUAGGUGCCGGUGCAUGUAAGCAUGUUGAGAUUGAAAAGUGCAGCUUAGUAAAUAAAGAUGGUAUCUCUGAGUUGCAUUGCUGGAGAGAUGUUGUAUUUUAUAAGGGCGUGUUCUAUGCUGUUAGUCUGGAUGAUACAACUAUAGCUAUUGAUUCUUCUUUGGAGAUAAAAUUGGUUAAGUCCUCUCCUGGCUCUCCAGUGGGUAGAAAACCGGAAUUUACCUGGGUUCCACGUUCAUUCGUUGUUUACAAGUUGAACGCACCCGAAAUGCAAUGGGUUCUGAUGAGGAGCUUGAAUGAUGGAAUAAUCUUUGUGGGUGAUCGUCAUUUUGAUGAUGGUUGCUUUGCUGCUCCUGCUCAAGAUUUUCCUGGUUUUCAUGAGAAUCACAUCUACUUCUCCCACAAAUUAUGGUUCGGCGAUCUUAAAAUGGAAGGAUCCUUGCCGUAUUCAUCAGAUGAAUUUGAAGAUAUAUGA